GAUGGUGCUCGGGCAUAAUUUUGAGCGAGAGCUCAAGUUGAAAUGCUAUAUGUCGCGCUCGCCAGGACCCCGCCAACUUAGCCUGAAGCUAUUUUGAUGACAUCUAUACGAGAAUUAAUGUCGACGGCAAUAGAUUCAGGCCCCAAACAGCGCAUAUGCGAGAUAUGGGCUUCGGUCAAUUUCGCGACUUGAGCCCCGAUAAGCAUAAUUUGGACCUUUGCCGACCACUUCUGGCUGAUGAUGAUGUUGGUUAUGUACCUACAGAAAGGCGGCGUCUAAUCCGUGCGGUAGGAUUUGCCCCGGGGCAACGUCCAACGUGCGGGUUUGGCUGGGACAAGGGGGGUCAGCUUUGUACAGCUGGAAAAAGGGCUGAGCCCCCGCGGGAUGCUUGGGGCCGGCGACUCCAGCGAGCCGAUCAGCACAUAAUAGCCCCCUGUUAGCCUCCAAGCCACUGCACAAGGCACGGAACUGUGGUUAGGGACAUCCGUGACGGAGCCAGGGCGGGGAGCCAGCAUGCGCGUGGGGCCCAAGCGUGCCUUGCCAAUGCGCAAUGGGGUUUGCCGCGUUCAUCUUGUUCACUUUCUUCAACACUAGCUUAAUUUCACCAUAUAUACCUACAAUGCCAGGAUUGCUGGACCGCCGGCUCGCGGGGCUUGACCUCCGAGAGCUGUAUGCUGACCUGUACCAACCGGACAUUAUUCAUGAAGCAGCCUCAAGCCCUGACGUCAAGGGCAGGCGAGUGUUGGCGAUAUUAGUGGCAGCGAAGGCGCCGCCCGAGGAGCUGCUCGCGCCGCCUUUUCUGGCGGCCGUUGGCCUCCGCGGCUGCCACGCUAGGGCUUUUGCCGCGGCUGGAGCGGUUGCCGCACAGGCGCAGGAGUGGGCGGGCGCGGGCGCGGGCGCGGGCGCCGCGCUGUGCUGUGAGGCCAACAUAAAGGCGGCGGUGGUGGCCACCGCCGCGAUGGCCCGUAUGGACGCCAACCCGGACGUAAGUGGUAUCAAUGGAUAAGGGACAAUUUGCAUGGCUCUUUGGCUGCGUGCAGCGCCUUCAGAAGACUUUAGCUGACGG